AUGCCAAAAUCUAGCAAAGACUCUCAGCCCGUGGUCACGAAAGUGCUAGAGCCAUCUGAGGAUCUAAAGAACACGCACACAUGUAACGAGAAAAAGGUAUCAAGAGCCCGAAGAGGUACACCUAAGAAUCCCUGCAGCACCGUAUGCGUGCCCAAAAACUGAACUGCACGUCCGUCCCACCGUUCGACUACAGUAGCAUCACCCCCUCGCUGUCCCACUCUAUACCAAAACGGAAGAUUGCCGACUACAGCAUCUUGCUGUCUGAAGUGCUGUCUG